AUGACUGCUCUCCGGAACCCAAAGGGAACAGCCACUGCAUCGAGAAGGGGGAUGGAGAAAAUCAUCUACGACUUCUACUCUGAUCUCUUCGACAGCCAUGUCCACUUGCCUCCUCACCAUCUGAGGGAAGAUGGACAAGUCAUUCCAGAGGUUCUCCCGUCCGAAAUACGACAUGCUAUCAUGUCGGUAAGAAAUCGUACGGCACCCGGUCCCGACAGAAUAAGACCAGAACACCUGAAGAGCCUUCCGCCAGUACUCAUCAACACCCUGGCGAGGCUCUUUACACGUUAUCUGUCGGAAUGCAAGGUUCCUAAGCAGUGGAAGACCAGCAAGACCGUGUUGUUGUAUAAAAAGGGAGAUCCACAUGACAUCGGCAACUAUCGCCCAAUCUGCCUACUGUCCGUCAUCUACAAGCUCUUUACAAGAGUAAUCCUUAAUAGGAUUGAAAAAGUCUUGGAUGAAGGACAGCCAUGCGAGCAAGCAGGGUUUCGAAAAGGAUUCAGCACGAUUGACCACAUUCACACUGUUUCGAAACUCAUCGAGGUAUCACGAGAGUACAAGAUGCCGCUCUGUCUCACCUUCAUCGACUUAAAGAAGGCUUUCGACUCGGUUGAGACGGAAGCGGUCGUGGAAGCCUUGGACAACCAAGGCGUCCCUACUCAGUAUAUUAAGGUACUUCGAGAGUUGUACAGUAACUUCACGACCGGAAUUUCGCCAUUCUACAAGAACAUCAUCAUUGACGUGAAGAGGGGGGGUCCGACAGGGUGA